CUGCCUCUUGACAGUGGUUGUUCGACCUUGUUAAAGACCAUUGCCGGCGAGAUGAAUGGUAUCUAUUUGGACGACUCAUCCUAUUUAAACUACCAAGGCAUUUCCGGCAAGCAGAUGCACAAGCAAUUCCGAGGCGAAGCCAUCUACACGGCCGAGACCGAUGUCCAUUUCCCCCAGUUGACUGUCGGAGAGACCCUCACCUUUGCUGCCCUCGCACGUGCGCCGCGGAACCGCUUUCCCGGUGUCUCGAGGAAGCAGUAUGCAGAGCACAUGCGAGAUGUCGUGAUGGCAAUGCUCGGUCUCAGCCACACGAUCAACACCCGAGUCGGCAACGACUACAUCCGGGGAGUCAGUGGUGGAGAGCGCAAGCGUGUGAGCAUUGCAGAAGCAACCUUGAGCCAGAGCCCCCUGCAAUGCUGGGAUAACAGCACCCGUGGCUUGGAUAGCGCCAAUGCCCUUGAAUUCUGCAAGACGCUGCGAUUAACCACCAACUAUGUUGGCACCACGGCCUGUGUCGCCAUCUACCAAGCUUCGCAGAGUGCUUACGAUAUCUAUUUUGGCCCCAUCAACGAGGCCAAAGAAUUCUUCACCAACAUGGGUUUCGAAUGUCCCGAACGUCAGACCACAGCCGAUUUCUUGACUUCUCUCACCAGCCCAUCUGAACGCAUUGUCAAGCCGGGUUACGAGAACAAGGUGCCCCGAACUCCUGACGAGUUCGCAGCAGCCUGGAAGAAUAGCGAGGCCCAUGCCAAGUUGAUGCGGGAGAUCAAGGAAUAUGAAGAGACGUAUCCAAUUGGCGGAGCAUCUGUGGAUCAGUUCAUCGAGUCCCGCCGAGCACAGCAAGCAAAACAUCAACGAGUCAAGUCUCCGUACACGCUGUCGGUGGUGCAGCAAGUCAACCUGUGUGUCGUUCGUGGUUUUCAACGUCUGCGGAGGGAUGCGUCUCUGACGCUCACUCAGCUGAUCGGUAAUACGAUUAUGGCUCUCAUCAUCGGCAGUGUCUUCUAUAACCUGCGCGAUGACACUUCCAGUUUCUACAGCCGGGGAGCCCUCUUGUUCUUUGCGGUUUUGCUGAAUGCUUUCUCUAGUGCUCUCGAGAUUUUGACACUAUAUGCGCAACGUCCCAUUGUUGAAAAGCAUGCUCGUUAUGCGUUAUAUCAUCCCUUUGCGGAGGCGAUUGCGUCCAUGCUCUGUGACAUGCCCUAUAAGCUCCUGAAUUCCGUCACGUUCAAUAUCACGCUCUAUUUCUUGACCAACCUUCGCCGUGAGCCCGGGGCAUUUUUCACCUUCUGGUUGUUCUCGAUCGUCAUCACGUUGACCAUGUCGAUGAUCUUCCGGACCGUGGCCGCAUUUUCUCGGACCCUGAGCCAGGCCCUGGCACCUGCAGCCUUGCUCAUACUGGCACUGGUGAUUUAUACCGGUUUCACAAUUCCCACGAGGAACAUGCUGGGCUGGUCUCGCUGGAUCAACUACAUCGACCCCAUCUCGUACGCUUUUGAGAGCUUUAUGGUCAACGAAUUCCAUAACCGGACGUUUCCUUGCGCGCCUGAGCAGCUUAUUCCGAGUGGUGGCAGCUACGACGACCUCCCCAUUGCGAACAAGAUCUGUUCCACAGUCGGUGCUACAGCAGGGGUGGCGUAUGUUUCAGGUGAUGCCUAUCUCGAGCAGAGCUUUCAGUAUUCCUACGACCACCUGUGGAGGAAUCUAGGUAUCAUCUUUGGAUUUAUGGUCUUCUUCAUGUGCACGUAUCUCCUCGGCACCGAAUAUAUCUCCGAGGCCAAGUCCAAGGGUGAAGUGCUGUUGUUCCGUCGUGGUCAUCAGCCUGCGGCCAUCAGCAAGGGAUCCGAUGACGUUGAAAAAAGUCGCGAACCGGCCCCGGCCGAGAAGACGGAAGACACUCACGGGCAACAGGUGACGGCAAAUAUCCAGCGGCAGACAGCCAUCUUCCACUGGCAGGACGUGUGCUAUGACAUAAAAAUCAAGGGUGAAACUAGGCGGAUCCUGGAUCAUGUCGACGGGUGGGUGAAACCUGGUACCUGCACUGCGUUGAUGGGCGUCUCUGGUGCUGGCAAAACAACUCUCCUGGAUGUCCUCGCAACCCGCGUCACCAUGGGUGUGGUGUCAGGUGAGAUGCUGGUUGACGGUCGUCCGAGAGAUCGGUCGUUCCAGCGCAAAACCGGUUAUGUUCAGCAACAGGAUCUUCAUCUCGCGACCACGACCGUCCGAGAGGCGCUGCGUUUCAGCGCGAUCCUUCGACAGCCAGCCAGCGUGAGCCGCCAGGAAAAGCUCGACUACGUUGAAGAGGUCAUUAAGCUGCUGGGAAUGGAAGCGUAUGCCGAUGCUGUUGUGGGUGUGCCGGGUGAAGGUCUCAACGUUGAACAGCGGAAGCGUCUCACCAUUGGAGUCGAACUCGCAGCCAAACCGCAGCUACUGCUAUUCCUCGAUGAGCCCACCUCUGGACUGGACAGUCAGACAGCGUGGUCAAUUCUGGAUCUACUUGACACCCUGACGAAGCAUGGCCAAGCAAUCCUAUGCACUAUCCACCAGCCCUCAGCGAUGCUCUUCCAGCGAUUCGACCGGCUUUUGUUCCUUGCCAAGGGGGGAAAGACGGUGUAUUUUGGAGAAAUCGGCAAAAAUUCCUCGACUCUGGCGAGCUACUUUGAACGGAAUGGCGCUCCUCCACUCCCUGAAGGGGCAAACCCUGCCGAGUGGAUGCUCGAGGUCAUCGGUGCCGCACCGGGAUCACACAGCGACAUUGACUGGCCGGCGGUUUGGCGUGAUAGCCCUGAGCACAAAGCGGUUCUGGACCAUCUUGCGGAACUGAAAUCGACGCUGUCUCGGAAAGAGAGCACGGCGGGCGCCUCUUCGGACCCGGCCGACUACCGCGAAUUUGCAGCUCCGUUCCGUGUGCAACUGUGGGAAUGCCUGCGCCGGAUCUUCUCCCAGUACUGGCGGACGCCGUCGUACAUCUAUUCGAAGGCCGCGCUGUGCAUCUGCACGACGCUCUUCAUCGGGUUUUCGUUUUUCAGGGCACAGAACAGUCUCCAGGGGCUUCAGAACCAGAUGUUCAGCGUCUUCAUGCUGAUGACCAUCUUCGGUAACCUGGUGCAGCAGAUCAUGCCCCACUUCGUCACGCAGCGGUCGCUGUACGAGGCGCGGGAGCGUCCCUCCAAGGCAUACUCGUGGCAGGCGUUCAUGAUGGCGAACAUCCUGGUCGAGCUACCGUGGAACACGCUGAUGGCGGUGUUGAUGUAUUUCUGCUACUACUACCCGAUCGGCCUGUACCGCAACGCGGAGCCGACCCACGCAGUGACCGAGCGCGGGGGCCUCAUGUUCCUGCUGAUCUGGUCGUUUAUGAUGUUCACGUCGACAUUCGCGCACAUGGUCAUUGCCGGCAUCGAGGUUGCCGAAACUGGUGGCAAUCUGGCCAACUUGUUGUUCUCUCUGACUUUGAUUUUCUGCGGUGUCCUCGCAACCCCGCAAGCCCUCCCGGGCUUCUGGAUCUUCAUGUACCGUGUCUCACCAUUCACAUACCUCGUAUCCGCCAUGCUCUCCACCGCCGUGUCAGGCACCAAUGUAGUCUGCGAGUCUGUCGAAUUGCUGCACUUCAACCCGCCGAGCAACCAGACGUGCCAGGAAUAUAUGGAGCCGUACAUCCAGCUGCGGGGAGGAUACAUCACCAACCCGGACGCCACAACAAACUGCGGGUUCUGUCCGAUGUCCAGCACGGAUACCUUCCUGCUCAGCGUGUCGAGCGAGUUCAGCACGGCGUGGCGCAAUUUUGGGCUGAUGUGGGUGUACAUCGCCUUUAAUACGGCGGCUGCUGUGUUUUUGUACUGGCUGGACGCGACGCCUGAUGCCGCGCUGGCAAAGGAAAUCGGCGAACCAAAGACGGUCGAUGAGUUCAAGGCGAAUAUAGACAAAUACGUGAAAGACUCCGGCCUGGGGCAAUUCUUUGGAAACAAUCCAAAGUUUCUGCAGGACGUUGCCGAGAAAGCCACGCGGCUAAGAAAAGACCCUAAUAACACUUUGACGUCUGAGGACCAAAUCCGUGACCUGACGAGAUUGGCCCUCUACCAGCCGGUCCUGUAUUGUGACGACAGUGGAUCGAUGGGUAACGAGUCUCGGAUGGAAUCUCAACGAGAGCUCGUCAAGCGCAUGACGAAAAUCACCACCAAACUCGUCCCGGACGGCUACGGCGUUGAGCUGCGUUUCAUCAACGUCUCAACGAGUUGGGGAGAUCAGCUCGACGAGGCGGGAGUCGACAAAGUGAUGAGCGGCGUCGGGCCCGGAGGCGGCACCAAGAUCGGAACCAUGCUGAAACAGAAGAUCCUCCAACCUCUGAUCUAUGACAGGCUGGACCGCGGUGAGUUGCUUGAGAGACCGAUACUUAUUUCGACCAUCACGGACGGGUGCCCGUAUGGCGAGGAUCGUGCCGUUUUCGAGAAUGCCAUCCUUGAAUGCAUGAAAAGAGUCGUUGACAAGGGCUAUGAGGCUGAAGGGAUCUUAAACGUGUGCUAUACUGUACAACCGGUCAGUUACGUCCAGAACCAGUCACAGUUGCAUUCCGCUGACCAUUUCACAGAGACCUUGGACAACAGAUUCGCGGAAUUGAAAGACAAUGAGAAAGACUUGGAAGCAUGGAGAUCGUUGCAAGGAAUCUCAUGGCAAGAAUCAGGACACAGCUGUGCUCAAAGAAAAGGGAUACUAGCAAUAGGUAUAGCAGAGCAAGAAUACUCUAAAAAGGCAGUUUGUGAGGGUAGCCAUUGA